CGGAAGUUGUCGGAUUGACUCUGCGCUGCGACAAAUCAUGAAUGAAAGCAUUUGAUCCUCAACUUCGGAUAUUCUGCUGUGAACCAGUGGCCCCAUGAGAACAUGCUACUGCUGUAGAUGGGGGAGCUUGUGACACUGAAUGUCGGCGGCUGUGUCUACAGCACGUCCUUGUCUACACUGCAGCGCUAUCCCGACUCAAUGCUUGGAGCCAUGUUCAGUGGGGAUCUCCCCUCGGUCAAAGACGCUCAUGGAAACUACUUCAUUGACCGGGAUGGCCCCUCUUUCCGCUACAUUCUUAACUUCCUGCGGACUUCAGAGCUGACUCUGCCAUGUGACUUCAAGGAGACUGAACUGCUCAGGAAGGAGGCUGACUUCUACCAGAUUGAGCCCCUAAUCCAGUGUCUGGGGGACCCCAAACCCCUGGUGCCCUACCCUACUGAUACCUAUGAGGAGGUUGUGGAGCUCUCGAGCACCAGAAAGCUGUCAAAGUACUCAAAUCCUGUGGCAGUCAUCAUCACCCAGCUCACCAUCAUCACCAAGGUUCAGGCGGUGCUGGAGUCCAUCUCCUGUAACUUCACAAGGUGGAACAAACACAUGAUGGACACAAGAGACUACCAGGUGUCCUUCACUUUCGGACCAUGCGACCACCAACAGGAAGUCAGCCUCCGUGUGCAUCUGCUGGACUUCAUCUCCAAAUCUGGUUUCACGAUACGCAACACACGUGUUCACCACAUGAGCGAGCGGGCGAAUGAAAACACAGUGGAACACAAUUGGACGUUUUGCCGACGGGUACACAAAGUGGACGACUGACUCCAACACUGAGUCCAGGACGGUGUCUGGCGUCUUUAUUGUCACAGAAGCCAGCAUGUGUGGUACUUUAUACUGAUGGACCAAUGUUGCUAUUUUUGCUAUGGUUUUAUUUCUCAACCUUUUUUUUUUUUUUUUUUUUUUUUUUUUUUUUUUUUUUACCA